AUGGCCUACUCUCCUGCCCCAGGAUCUCCUAUCACCGGGAGUGGGGUCCCAGUCAUGUCUAAUGGCUUGCACUCGAGGGGCCGCUCGACCAGUCCUCUAACCAGCUUGCCGCUCUCCAAGCGGGACAAGCGACGCAGCGCAUUGCAAGAGCGUCUGCAUGACCUCACAGCCUCGUUCAGCCAGAACCGCGAUACCCAGUUUCGCCAACAGCUGCAUGCCCUUCAGUGUGACAUGACCUUGAUCAACAAUGCUGACCCUUACAACCCGGGCCCGAUCCCGGAUUCGGCUGAGGAGAUUGCACAGUUGAUCGAAAACACCGUGGGGGGUGGUAAGUUCGCAAAAGAAAUGGCUAGUUUGGCGGGCAUGUGGUAUGCGCGCUUUUUGCAGGAAGUCAACCAGGUCAAAUCGGAUAAAGAUGCCGACCUGGCCAUGUUGGUGCACCGUCACAACAACAAUCUCGAAAGAUUCCAGCGCGAAUAUGCCUUUCGAGCUCAUUUUGCCGAAGAAGAGUACAAUCAUCUCUCCUCCACGCUCCGCGAGCGUCUUGUUCAGACCCUAUCCGGCAAAAGAGCUCGUCUCAUGAGAGAAAAGGAGCAAUUAGAUAUUGCAGACACGAACGCACUCCUCCUCCACCCCAAUCAAUUCAGUAUUACCAAUCCCGCUAGCCCCGGUGGACUUCACGGCAACCGCAAAACCCGUCAUACUCGUCAUCGUGUCGAUCUGGAUGAGUUUGGCAACGGAAUCAUGUCCGAUCACUUUAAUAAGAGGAAAAGAAAGGCGCCCGAGGACGAGGUUGGGUCACCGGUGCGGGAUGGGGCCUUUUCGCUUCCUGCGGAACGUGCUAAGGCUCAGAUAGCCCAACAGCAACACGCGCCCACCUACUCGAUCAAUUCGCUCUUCACAGAAAAGGAACUUGGUGCACAUGCAAACCAAGCCCAUAUCGCUACAGUUCACUUCUUUUCCACCUCCAAACGCGCCGAUCAACCAUCGGGGGCAGCAACCAACGGGAAUAACACUGAUGCGGAUGAGGCAUCUGGUCUGGACGGUACUGGGGCAGAAGACAAUGGCACUCCAGCCACAGAUAUGGCACGAACUGCCAGCCAAAACUUCCAUGCCACGCGCUCAACCCGAACGCACGGCAAUCACGCCCUUAAUGCGUUGGCUGAACUUUCUGAUAAGCCCGCAGUCCGUCCUAAUCUCCCGUACAACAUUCUCGCCAACUACCACGCCCGACCGAGCAACAACGGUGCUCCCCCGCUGCCUCCCCUGAUGAACGAGGAAGUGGACGAUGACUGGGCUCGUAUGGAUAGAUUGCACAACAAACCCCAAGGUCAUGUCGAUAAGGGUCUCGUCCAUCUUCUAGUUGACCCCGUGCCGUCAGAAGUAGACGGAGUUCCGCAAACCCCUAACCGAUUCAAUCUCCUACACCCAGCCUUCCCCACAGAAAUGGGCAUGCAUCUAUAUCCGCUAAGGAAGGAUAUCGGAGAAAGCCACGAGCGCACAAAGAAGACAAGAACUGGCUAA